UCCCCCGGCCGCCUCCUGACAGCCCAGCGACCGGCCCGCGUCCAGCAGGCAGCUCACGCCAGAUUUGUGCCCUUUUUGUGUCGUCUGCCGCCAUGGGCUCUCUCAGGCGCUUCAUCGUCAGUGUGGCGAUUCCUCUCACGUUAGUUAUCUUUAUUUUCUUCUCGCUCCCCCUGGUGUGCGGCCAUGGGCAUAGUCAUGAUCAUGAGGAACCUCCAGCUUACAAGUGGAGUCGCCAGGCCAAUGAGGCCUAUAACGAGCCAGACGCACACGAUCAUGGGCACGGACAUGCACAUGAUCAUGGGCACGGGCACGCACACGAUCAUGGGCACGGACACGCACACGAUCAUGGGCACGGACAUGCACAUGAUCAUGGGCACGGACAUGCUCAUGACCAUGGGCACGGACACGCACAUGAACAUGAACCCCCAGCCCAUAAGUGGAGCAAGGAAGCUAAUGAAGCCUACGCAGAUGCUCAGAAGGAAGCCCACAUGAAGCCUCCACCGGCCAAGUCGGGCAACAUCUGGCUCGAGGCAAUUGGAGCCACGAUUCUCAUCAGCAUCGCCCCAUACCUCAUUCUGUUCUUCAUUCCCGUCAACAACACCAAAGAGCACGAGCCGUACCUGAAGCUCCUGCUGGCAUUUGCAUCUGGCGGCCUCCUGGGAGACGCAUUCCUACAUCUCAUUCCCCACGCUCUGAUGGCCCAGGCUGGAAUGGGAGGCAGCGACAGUCACAGUCACUCCCACACCCACUCCCACUCCCAUGGAGGCAAUGGAGAAGGAGGCCAUGGGCAUGACAUGAGCAUUGGCCUUGCGGUUCUUGGAGGGAUCAUCGCCUUCCUUAUGGUGGAGAAAUUUGUCCGUAUCUUCAAGGGUAGCCACUCCCACUCCCACUCCCAUGCCCCCCCUAGGAAGGACAGUAGUGAUAGAAAGAGUGAGGGAGAGAAUACAGAUAGUGACAAGAAAGGAGAAAAGAAGAAGGAUGGAGACAAAGCAGGGAAAAAAGGAGAUAAGAAGAAGACAGCAGAUAAAAAUAAAAAAGAAAGUCAAGGUGACAUCAAAGUGGCUGGAUAUCUGAACCUGGCUGCAGAUUUCACUCACAAUCUGACGGACGGCCUCGCUAUCGGGGCAUCCUUUCUCGCAGGCAAAAGUGUCGGCAUUGUCACCACCGUUACAAUUUUCCUUCAUGAAAUCCCACACGAAAUUGGUGAUUUUGCCAUUCUUUUACAGUCUGGCUGCAGCAGGGGAAAGGCAAUGAAACUGCAGCUAGUGACAGCUUUGGGUGCUUUAACAGGUACCUGCAUCUCUCUCCUUGCUGAGGGAGCAGAUGAGUCAGCCAUUGCCUGGAUACUUCCCUUCACUGCUGGGGGUUUCAUCUACAUUGCCACUGUGUCUGUGAUUCCAGAGCUGUUGGAAAACACUCAGUUCUGGCAGUCUAUAUAUGAGGUUUUUGCUCUCUUGAGUGGUGUCGGCCUCAUGGUGAUGAUUGCCCAUUUCGAGGAAAUGGGUCAUGAACACUGAUGUUUCCUCUGGAAGUGUUAAUGUGUUUUACAUUUUGUUCUCCCUUAUUUAGUUUAUUUAUUAGUGUUUUGUUUUUUAUGAUUUUACUAUGGAGAAAAGAAAGUGAGUAAUGGAUAUUAUCUCAGCUCUACUAAUAUGGAGUAAAUAUAUAUGUGUACAUAGUUUUUUGUUCUUUCAAUAUUUCUUUUUUUUUAUGUGUAUUUUGCCUUGACUGUUUGUCUCCCAAUUCCCAACCCCCUUUUUUUAUAUUUUGUUUUGCUUUGCAGUUGUGGUAACCUUUAUUUGUGCAUUUAGUUGUUCAUAUUAAUGAAGUGGUGCUUUGGUCAAGAAUCAGAAGAAAGGACUGCUGUUCUAUUUUUAUCAGUGUGUUUAUUUGAUUAGAUAUUUUUGUAUAUGUAUAUGAUAUUAGAAUUUUACUGAACUUUCCAAUUUACACAAACAUUGCUGAGUGUCAUAAUUGUAAGUUUAUACAUAUUGUCAUCAUUAUUUUUGUUUUAAUCUGAACUAGCAAAAGCAUUCCCUGCUCCAUUUUCCUUCCACAGACUUGGAUCUUCAUAACCUAUUUUUGUCUGUCAUUCUUCCAGGCAAUAGACUAGACCUUUUUAUACUUGGAACAAACCUAGGAUUGCAUGUAUGCAGUCCAAUAAUUAUUUUCAUAGAAAUAAAAUGCAAUAUUGAUCUACUUAUUUCCAUUGCUCUUUGAUAUGCCAAUUUCAUAGUUUGCACGGUUGUAUGUAUUGCAGGCCUACAGGUGUGUUAAGAUAUACUUGUACACAAGCUUACAGGUAUGCUUCCAGACACUUUGAACAGACAUUUUUACAGACAUGUAUAGAAACAUAGAGUUCUUCAUAAGCAUAUUAGUUUAUAAAUAAAUAUUCACAUGCAUACAGGCACUUUCCACUACACAUUGACUCAUCAUAAACACACAGAUGUACUCAGACUUUUCAUUUUCCACAUUUUUCUGCAGAAGUGAUCAAAUAAACAGUUGUUUUUGUGAAUGGUUGCUUGGCAGUAAAGAGUAUUAGAGUUCUACAUUAUUCUGGGAUGUUGGGCGCUAGCAGGUAUAGUUUAGUUUUUUACUAGUAGAGUCAGGUUAGGGAUGUGUUAGGUGGUUACGAUUAAUAAGAAAUAUAUUUUUGUCUGAACUGGAUGAAUUCUGUGUAAGUCAUAAAUAAAUGCCCUAUCCUCA